UCCGGAUGCCCGAGGCAGAAGGAUGUUUGACCUCCGGAUAAGCGAGGCGCCGCUGUGCAUUCAUUCCCAGCUGCAUUGGUGGCGACAGCCGCGGCCCGGGCGGCGACUCUCCGGCCAGAGGCGGCGGUAGGACGCACCGGCAGUAGUGCGGCGACCGAGUCCGAGCUGCGUUAUCUCCCUCGCUUGUUCCUUCCCCCCUACCUCGCUCUCUCCCUCCCUGCGUGCCUCGCUUUCCUCCUCCGGCCGCCGGCGGGUGCGAUGUGCCGCCGCCGCUGCCCCAGCCGCCGCUGACUGACGGACCGGGGGGCGCCGCCCGCGCCCGGGACCGACCCGCCACUUGCGGCCGCGCCUUUGAGGUCACUAUCAAUAUCAGCUCACAUCAUUGAAAAGAUAAUUUUGAAGACAUGUUUUGCUGAAAAGAAAACUGAGAAAAAUUUUACGAAUGGGAUGAACACGCAUCAGUUAAUUGACUACCUACUGCAAUUUGAAUGUUAACAUUACCCACCUGGUACAGUUACCUAGUGAUGUACCUGUUCUCACGAUACCCUAUUUCAGUGUGGUCGUCUUGAUUAAAGAAUUCAAAGUGGAGUACCGCAAACUUGAUAUGGAUAAUAAAAAGAAAGACAAGGACAAAUCAGAUGAUAGAAUGGCACGACCUAGUGGUCGGUCAGGACACAACACUCGAGGAACUGGUUCUUCAUCCUCUGGAGUUUUAAUGGUUGGACCUAACUUUAGAGUCGGAAAAAAAAUUGGAUGUGGGAAUUUUGGAGAAUUACGAUUAGGGAAAAAUUUAUACACAAAUGAAUAUGUGGCAAUUAAACUGGAGCCCAUGAAAUCCAGAGCACCACAACUACAUUUGGAAUACAGAUUCUACAAGCAGUUAGGAUCUGGAGAAGCAUAUUGUGAGAAGAACAGAUUUGUAAGCUUGCAGAUUGGGGGUAAAAAUGAUGGUAUACCUCAAGUUUACUAUUUUGGCCCUUGUGGGAAAUACAACGCUAUGGUGCUGGAACUGCUGGGACCUAGUUUGGAAGAUUUGUUUGAUUUGUGUGACAGAACAUUUUCUCUUAAAACGGUUCUCAUGAUAGCUAUCCAACUGAUUUCUCGCAUGGAGUAUGUCCAUUCAAAGAACUUGAUAUACAGAGAUGUGAAGCCUGAGAACUUCUUAAUAGGACGACCAGGAAACAAAACCCAGCAAGUUAUUCAUAUUAUAGAUUUUGGUUUGGCAAAGGAAUAUAUUGAUCCAGAGACAAAGAAACACAUACCAUACAGAGAACAUAAGAGCCUUACAGGAACAGCUAGAUAUAUGAGCAUAAACACACAUUUAGGAAAAGAACAAAGUAGAAGAGAUGACUUAGAAGCUUUAGGUCAUAUGUUCAUGUAUUUUCUGAGAGGCAGUCUUCCUUGGCAAGGUUUAAAGGCGGACACAUUAAAAGAGAGGUAUCAGAAAAUUGGAGAUACAAAACGAGCCACACCAAUAGAAGUGUUAUGUGAAAAUUUUCCAGAAGAAAUGGCAACAUAUCUUCGUUAUGUAAGAAGGCUAGAUUUUUUUGAAAAACCAGACUAUGACUACCUAAGAAAACUUUUUACUGACUUGUUUGAUCGAAAAGGGUAUAUGUUUGAUUAUGAAUAUGACUGGAUUGGUAAGCAGUUGCCUACUCCAGUGGGUGCAGUUCAGCAAGAUCCUGCUCUGUCAUCAAACAGAGAAGCACAUCAACACAGAGAUAAGAUACAACAAUCCAAAAAUCAGUCGGCAGACCACAGGGCAGCUUGGGACUCCCAGCAGGCAAAUCCCCAUCAUUUGAGAGCUCACCUUGCAGCAGACAGACAUGGUGGCUCGGUACAGGUUGUAAGUUCUACAAAUGGAGAAUUAAACACAGAUGAUCCUACUGCAGGACGUUCAAAUGCACCUAUCACAGCCCCUACGGAAGUAGAAGUGAUGGAUGAAACCAACUGCCAGAAAGUGUUGAACAUGUGGUGCUGCUGCUUUUUCAAACGAAGGAAAAGGAAAACCAUACAGCGCCACAAAUGACUCUGGACACAGACAGAUCAUGGGGAGUUACUUACAUGUUCAUCUGCUGUCUUGUGAUUAAAAUCAUCUCUGUAGUGACCACAUAUAUUUUCAAGAACUCACUGUUAGAAACAAAAAUGUCAUACUUUCAUACUUCAUUUUGUGGUUGUCUUACAUUCGUAUUUUUUUCUAAUUUAACUUUUAUGGAAGCUUUAAAGUUUUGUCAAAACAUGAGUGCUUUGCCCAUCAUUGAAUGGAAUGGACCAAUGAGGUGGUAUUGAUGAAUUACAGUUCUGUAGAACAUUUUUCAGAAGCUCUCCUCCUGUUGUAGAAAGCAGUACAGUAUCUUAAAUGUCAACCAAUUAUAUACCUAAUCUGAUUUUUAUAACUUCUGUGAGAGAAUAAUCAAAGAGGAAUUUUCUCCCCAGUGGAUAAUGCAACAGAGAAAACAGAGUUGCCCAAAUAUUUAAAAGAAGUUAUCCCUUGAGAAGAUCAUUAUCUGUGUGACAUCUGCAUUGAUUUCACUGUUACUGUCGGUACUGCUAUUCAUGAGUCAUAUUAACAUUCUCUCUGUGAAAUCAUGGUACAGUUACUGCCCAGAGGUACUGAGGAAAAAGCUCUAUGGGUUUGGCAGAUGGUAGUGGUAAAAUGAAUCAUAAGUAGUGUGGUAAAUAUGAGCUCUGCUUUUGUUGCACCACUAAGUGAAGUACAGUGUUGUCGAAGUGGCAAAAGCGCUUAUUUUUUAAAAAUGCAAAAUAUUUGUAUAAUGUAACUUUAUGCUUCCAGGUAAUAAUGUAUGUUAGACAGCAAGAAAUGAAUACUUUAAGAAAUGAGAUAUGUUGGAGUUUUUUGAAAAAUACACUAAGGAGAAGGAAUAAAUGUGAAUCUCACCGCAUCAUAUGAGGCUGAAAUCUAAGGAGAUCCCACUGAAACCUGCUGCUGAACGAUUACAUUCACCUUAAGCAGAAAACUUUGGAUGUGCCACACAAUGGUGUCUGUUAUUAAUUAUUUGCCCUUUGAUUUUAAAAAAAGACCCUCAGCAAUAAAAACGGGGUCACGCUAUUGCCCUCUGCACACAUUAGUCUCUUGUAUUCAACUUUGCUGGUUCUCUGGAAUUUUCCUACUUUUUAGCGUAAUUGUGAUGAUUGAAAACUAUUUUGGAGAGGAUGGGUCAGGUGCUUUGUCCCCAUAGUCUUUUGAAGUGCCUGCAUAUGAACAAAGUAAUGGUUCUGUAAAAAAAGGAAACCCAUUCCACUUUUCAAGUAUGCUUUGUUUUAAGCCAUGAAGACACAGGUAUACUUUUGUCACAUUCUACUAGCCAGAAUUUGCAAGGAGAGUUAAGACAAAAAGACUGGCUAGAAAGAUAAUUAUGUUGUUCAAAUCUCACAUUCACCUUUCCUUCAUGAACUUGUUGCUUACUCCUUCCACUCAGCCCCUUCUUUUUGUCUUUAAGUGUGUGCCUCCGGGCAUGCUUAUUUAUUUUUAUUGUCUCAAGGUAACAUUUAAAAUAUGUAAUUAAAGUAAAUAAAUCUACAUUUUUGACAUUAUUGCAUUUACAGGAAUUUAACUGUACUUUGUAAUUUAUUUUUCUUAUUAGCCAAAAGUUCAGUGCAUUGUUUUUGAUGAAUUAGGCACCCAUAUGAAUACCGCAAAUCAGGACAUUAUCAUUGUUGCUCUGAAUCUAUGAAUGAUCUUUAUAAGUUCUUGAUUUUAAAGACCUACACUCAGCCUAGAAAACACUUGUUGUAUAAUUUGGUCAACAGUUUCCAUUUUAUCUAUUUGUAUACUGUCAUGAUGUCUUAAACUACAGGAGUUACAUACUGAGUUUUUAUUUUUGUUUGCUUUGAGCAAGGUAGAUGGAUGUUUUGGCCAUUAUAAUGUGAAACCACUUCUUUCUUUACAGUAUUUGACCAAAUUUGUGUGUCUAUGAUAUUUGUAAAUACAUGCGAUAUCUGUAUUUCUUAUCAUAAGCCUGUUUAGUUUUAUUCUCAGUAGGGUUUUUGGACUGUACAGUGUUUAUAUGAUCUGAACUCCUUAUACAUAAGAAGGUGUGUAUAUUAAUCCAAUUAUGGACUUAAAAUAUUUUAAAACUAUAAAUACCCUUAUUUGCUGCAAAGACCAGUGUGUAGACAUUUGCUUUUUAGCAAUAUUUUUAAGUGCUCCAUUUUAAUGCCAAGGAAUAAGUCUUUUGGCAACACAAACUGGUCAAUAAUAGGUAAUGCAGGUAUGUUCAGGUUAAGCCAACAAUGUUUUGCAUUUUUAUGCUUCUUUUCUGUCAACACUAAUGAAGUCAACAUUGCCUGAAUGUCUGAAUAAUGAAACACAUCCCUGUUUAAAAGUAUGUAACUGAAAAAGAAAUAAAAAAUAAAGGUAGUUUUUUUAAACUUGCUCUUUCCCCUUUCCUCUAAUAUGGGUAAAAUAAUGCCACUUACUAAUUGAAGACAGGAAUUUUAAAAAUUCAGUUUAUUUAAUUUACUAAAUGUGAAAAGCAGAGCUAAAGGAACAUUCAUUCGUUUGUGUUUUUUGACUUUGUUUUGCUUUGUUGGAACCCUAUUGUAAAGAGUACAUACCUGGAAGUAUCUAAGCUUUCUUUAAUGAAAGUUAAAAAAAAUUUUUUAUACUUCUCUGAACUCCUUAAUAGAGCAAUUAAUUAGAACUAAUGCCACUAAUAAACCGAGGGAAACAAACUGAAUCAUUUCAUUCCUUUUCAAAAAUGAAGUCAUAUUAUGAUGUUCACAGAAAUGAAAUAUUAUUAAAUCCAAUUUUAAGUGAACGACUUUAAUAUCAUUCCAGAUAAAGAGCAUAUAUCUGUGACAGUAUCUCACAGUUCAUCAUUGUGCUAGGUGCUUUAAGGUGCUCUGCUUACUGAAAGAUGCCAAAGGUAAGAUAAGUCAAAGCAGCACACACUAAGCCCGUGUGUGUCCAUUAAGCACCACCAUUCAGAAAGAAUAAGAUAUGGAGAUGAAACGUAACAGGUUAAGCAUGGGUUAAAAGGCCCUGUCUAGAAAUAUCUGACCUAAGAUUAGGUUUCAAUCUGAAUGACUGUAUAGUUGCAUUAGCACCCUUUGCUUUUGCAAGUGACAGAAACUUAACAUGGCUUCAGCAAUAGGCAUGCACAUUGUUACAUUUAACUGAAAAGUCCAGUGAUAGGAGUAGCUUCAGGCAUGCUUGAUCCUGGUGCAAAGUUCAGGAGUCUGUUUUUCUCUGUAUCUCUCAGUUUUGCUUCCUACUCUGCUGUUUUCAUUGUCAGGGAGAUUCUUCAUGUGUGAUGGUAAAGUGACCACCCAGCAGCUUCAGACUUCUGCCAUAAUCUCAGCCAAAACAAAGGACAGUUUCUCUCAACAGUUCCAACAAAAGCCUAAGACUGACAUUUAUUCCUUCAUUGGUUCACAUGCCCACCCUCGAGCCAACUACUGUGACCCAGGGAAUGUUGUUCUCCCAUCUUCAGAGGACACACUGAACUGAGAAAUAAGGUAGAAGGGGGUGUUCCCCAAAAGGAAAUGAGGAUAUUGUUACCAGAAGGAGAGUGAAUGGAUUCUGCGCAGGCAAUCUAGAUAUCUUCAGUCAUGGAAAUUUACUUCAUAAGAAUACAUGGAUCGUAACCAAAGAAAGAACUACAUAUAGAAGUAUUAUCAGUUGUUCCAUGGAGACUAUUCACAGAAGGUACUUCUUGAGGCACUUCAAACUCAGUAUUGACUUCCCUAGUAAUCAAUAGCUGGCAGUAUUGGUAACAUCUGUUGACUCUUCAAAAGCCAAAUCAUUUUGCCUUGUCUUUUAGUUGGCAAUUGAUGUCUUCAAGCAACUGUCCUUGCUAAAAAGCUAGUGGUCUUCAACAUGUUUUUCUCCUCUGGACACACUUUUUAGCUGCUGCAGUCAAACACAAUUAGCUUUAACUCACCAUCAAUAAAGAGCAUUCUUUGCUUGGCUAACAAAUGAGCCACUUGGAAAGUAAGUGGCUUGCACCCUCAUUCUCAUUUUUUUUGUGUGUUUGAAUAAAUUCUAUUGUGAUGAGA